UGUUGCUGUUUCCACUUUUCUGUUAUUCGUCAUCAGCUCCACGUUAUCUGGUAGCUUUAUCGUGGCAUUUAAUGUGUUGUACUUUUGGAUAUCUCACUACCAAACACCCCGACUCGAUAUUGAAUAUCAGCAAAAGUUAAGGUAGACUACGCUUUGUAAACUCAAUAACAAUAACUGCUGCUAACAAGUUACUAGCUAGGUAGCUAGAUGUCAUCAACCAGUUGUUGACGUACCUCGCAAGCUAGCUACCAAGCUAAUCUAAUUAGCCAGUCAGCUAAUGUCGGCCAGAUAUCAAAGUUGUCAGGUAGCUAGAUUUUUUCAAAAGAGGACAUUUGAGUUUGGUUGUAAUAUUAGCUAAUUUGCUAAGUUAACUAUGUCACAAAGCUAGAUAACUAGCUAGCUAGUUAGUCGGCAAGUAGGCCUAGCAACGUUGUUAGCCUAACGUUAGCUAACUAGCUAGCUAACUAACUUGAAUAAUGCUUAUAACAGAACAGCUUAUAGCUAGGUUGUUAGGUCAUCAUGUACUAACUAACUCUACUAGAAUGGACCAGUGAAAUGUCUACAAUUUCAGGUUUUGAAUCACUGACACCCCCUAUACAUCAGAGGAGUAGCCCCUACCUUUCAUAUACAUCAGAGGAGUAGACCCUACCUUUCAGCUGUUUGGUGGUCCCUGUGUUCCCUUCUAAAGCUUUGGAAUGGGCAGUCAUUUCCGCAGCUACAUCUGGGACCCGGUCCUGAUUUUGUCCCAGAUUGUGUUGAUGCAAUGCAUCUACUACAGCUUCCUGGGUCUGUGGCUGGCUGGAGUGGACAGUCUUGUACAAACCAACAGAUCACUGGACCAGAUCUUCAGUUAUGAGGUGAGUCUUCCUGGAAUGUUUCCUAUAUUUUCCUAAUUCUUCUCUGUUGAGUUGACAGUGGUCUGAUUCACAACAUGGCUCUAUGCUUGCAGGUUCUUGGAUUUGCAACGAUGCAGGGCAGACUCUCAAUGAUGGCAUUCAUCUUAAACUCACUUACCUGGUAAGUGAAUGGGCCUACUUCGAGUGCUGCACGUUCCCUCAACACUUUGGUAUGAAGAAAUCUAGUCAUAUACCAAUGAUGAAAGGCUGGUUUGUUAUGAGGUCAAUAAUCCAUGAUGCUCUAUAGUAGAUGAUAAUCUUAACGUUUGGUAAAUUUUGCCUAACUACGAGCUGUGAAUCAAAAACUAUCAUAACAUUUACACACACACAAACACUUCUGUUGAAUGACCAACCUGUUUUGUGGCAUGUUGUCCUUCAUCGUGCAUCUGUCUCGCUGUUUCGUCAGUGCCCUGGGCCUGUGGUUCUUCAUCCGCCGAGGGAAGCAGUGUCUGGACUUCACUGUCACCGUGCACUUCUUCCACAUGAUAGGCUGUUGGAUCUACAACGCCCACCUCCCGGCGGCCCUGUCCUGGUGGCUGGUCAACGUGGCCUGCAUGGCUCUGAUGGCUGUGAUUGGAGAGUACCUGUGCAUGCGGACUGAGCUCAGGGCCAUCCCAGUCAACAGUGGACCUAAGUCUAACCUUUGACCUCUGACCUCCACCUGACCCCACUCUGUGACUCUGGCUCACUCCCUGUGAACUGUUCACCGACAGUAAUCUGCCCAGUAUGAUGUGGGGUAUGACAUUUGUGCCCAAAGACUUGGUGGGACUGGGAAGCAAGCUGCAAUAAAGCAGUAGUUGGAUGUAGAGACAGAGAUGUGCCAAAUUGGAACGUUGCACACCUCUCAGUGGAUCCAAGGACUUGGAGAUUAACUGAAAUGGUGCUGGUUGCUGUAUUUAUUUGUAAACAUGUACUACCUGUCUAACAGUGAAUGCUAACUUCUUCCUCGACCCACUAAGAUAUCACUUGCUUUGAGACAGUUCGAAGCAGAGUUUAGUUUGUCUUACAAAGAUCUUAAUGGUUUCAUGAUUUUAUUAAAUGAUGAUGAUAUUCACAUAAUGAUUGUGGCGAAAUGGUUGUCAUGCACAUG